AAUUCUCAACUCUCAACCACAGCCAUUCAUUCUGCAUGCCCCACAGGUGGAAUCCUCUCAAGAAGCCCAUCUCCACUGUACGCUCAUGGAAUCCCGCCUCCUCCAUCUCCCCCGCCACCACCGCCCUCCCCUCUUUCCCAUCCAUCUCUCCCCCAACUCCAUCCGCCGCCGUCACCGCCAACUCCAUCCUCUUCCCCAGUUCAAUUCCCCUAUUCCUAUGCAACUUUCCCACGACUCCUCCCUCUCCCCCAUCGUCCAUUCACACUCCCCCUCUGCUUCUUCUUCAUCCGAUCUCGCCCCCAUCCCCCAAUCCCAACGCACCUUUAAGGCUUUCGACAUGGCCAGCCUCUGGAUUGGCCUUGUCGUCGGCAUCCCUUCCUACUACCUCGCCGGCUCCCUCGUCGACCUUGGCAUGUCUUGGUGGCAAGGCAUCGCCACCGUCUCCUUUUCCAACUUCCUCCUACUCCUCCCACUCACCCUUUCCGCCUUCCCCGGCACCCGCCACGGCCUUUCCUUCCCCAUCCUCGCUCGCUCAACCUUUGGCCCACGUGGCUACUUCCUCCCUUCCCUCCUUCGCUCCCUCGUCGCCUGCGGUUGGUUCUCUAUCGAAUCCUGGAUUGGCGGUAGAGCACUCCUCCUUCUCCUCCUCCCACUCCCUCAUCCUCCUCUCCCCCUCCAAUUCGCCUCCUUCCUCUUUUUCUGCCUCGCCCAAAUCGCCCUAAUCUGGCCCGGCAUGGACUCAAUUCGUAAACUCGAAGUCUACUCUGCCCCAAUCCUCAUCCUCCUCACCUCCUCCCUCCUCCUCUGGUCCGUUUCCUCUUCCGGCGGUUUCGGCCCAAUGCUCUCCCUCACCUCCCGACUUUCCCCAUCGGAGUUCUGGCCCGUCUUCUUCCCCGCCCUCAACGCCAACAUCAGCUUCUGGGCAACAGUUGCCCUAAACAUCCCCGACUUCUCCCGCUACGCCCGAACCCAACGCGACCAAAUCCUCGGCCAAAUCGGCCUCCCCGUCUUCAUGGGCCUCUUCACCUUCGUCGGCCUCGCCGUCACCUCCUCAACCCAACUCAUCCUCGGCCGGAUCAUCUCCGACCCUAUCCACCUCCUUGCCGAAAUCGGCGGCGGUCCAAUCACCAAACUCGUCGCCGUCGUCGGCAUCAGCCUCGCCACCAUCACAACCAACAUCGCCGCCAACAUGGUCGCGCCUGCAAACGCACUCGUAAGCGUCAAUCCCUCUCUUUUCAAUUUCCAGCGAGGCGCAGUGGUCACGGCGCUGAUUGGCUUAUUAUUUCAACCAUGGAAGCUGUUGGGAUCGAGUGAGAGCUUUCUGUAUACUUGGUUGCUGGGCUCGUCGGCUCUAAUUGGGCCGAUUGGGGGUAUAAUGAUUGUGGAUUAUUAUCUGGUGAAGGGAAUGGAAUUAGAUGUAGAGGAACUGUAUAAGGAAGAUAGGGAAGGGAAGUAUUACUACUGGGGAGGGUAUAAUCUGGUGGCUAUGGCGGCGUUGGUGGUCGGAGUUUUGCCGGCGUUGCCGGGGUUUUUGAACAAGGUGGGAAUUUUGUCGAACACCUCUGUGUUUUUUGUUGGGGUGUAUAACAAUGCUUGGUUUGUGAGCUUUUUUCUGGCCGGGUUUGUGUAUUGGGCGCUGUCUUGGUUGCUGGCGUUGAACAGAAGGGUUGGGGGAGAGAUUGGAGAGGAAAGAGGAUUGAUUUCUUAAUUUCUUUUACUGAAUUUUUCUACACUGAGGCUACGUUUGGGACAGCUUUUUUAUUUCUUUCUAAAACGGAAUUUUAGUAUAAAUUUUUUUAAUUUUGUACUAAAACUCCGUUUUAUAAAGCAAUAAAAAAGCCGUCCCAAAUGAAACCUGAAUAAUGAUUUUUUGUCCCAUUCUCAGUCUGGAAUGAAUAAUAUUUUACUAGUGAUGCAGCUCAUUUUGAUCUAUCCAUCGGAUGUUUUGGCUACUAA